AUGUCCCACGAUGAUGCACGAGUUGGAAGAGGUAUGGAGUGCCCCUUUAGGCCGGGUAGCACCUCUAUACCUUCUUCAGCACCUAAACAUAAUGACCAAAACAUCAAGGAGGAGGAUCUUGUUCCAAUUCCUCAACCCCCAGUCCACUGGUUCACGAGGAACAUGCCAGAGAUCGAGCCUGCAUUCCCUGCACGCUCGAAUUGGCGACUGGCUGCAAUGUAUGGCGACAUUGUCAAACUUGAUCUUGUCAAAGAAACAGUCGUUAUCGUUUCAUCCCAUGAGCUCGCCAACGAGGUCUAUGACGAAACCCGAUUCGAGAAGCACGUUGCGGGGGGUCUCAAAGUCCUGAGAGAUGUGCUUGGCGCUGGGCUCUUUACAGCUUAUCCGGGCGAGCAUAGCUGGGAAACGGCGCAUCGCAUCCUAAUGCCAGCAUUUGGGCCAAUCGCCAUCAAGAAAAUGUUUCCCCAAAUGCAGGACAUAAUCUCACAGCUGGUGUUGAGAUGGGACAGGCUAGGCACAGACAACGAGAUCCACAGAUUGGCCUUCGACACUAUUGCUCUUUGCGGCUUCUCUUACCGCUUCAACAGCUUCUAUCGGGACAACACCCAUCCCUUCGCCCAGCAGAUGGCGGAGACCCUGAUUGAGGCUGGAAAGAGGGCAAAUCGUACAGCCAUUGAGAACAGUAUGCGUAUUUUCUCAGCCGAAGAAACAAAGAAAAAUGUACAGGCAAUGUGGAAGCUCUGCGACGAGCUUGUUGCUGAUCGCAGGCGCAACCCUAAGCCGGAAGUGAACGACAUUCUAAAUGCCAUGCUGAACAGAGAGGACCCAGAAACGGGCGAGAAAAUGUCUGAUGAGAGUAUUCGCUUCAACAUGCUGACUUUCUUGAUUGCUGGACACGAAACCACAAGUGGGGCUCUUUCCUUCCUGUUUUACAACUUCUUGAGAAAUCCCAAAACAUUUCAGAAGGCACAGGAGGAAGUCGACCGUGUUGUUGGAGACAACAUUCUUGACGCUCGACACAUCCCGCAGCUGAAAUACGUGGAGGCCUGCAUUCGUGAGACCCUCCGAGUUUUGGGACCCAUCACUCAAAAUCAGGUCCACGCCAAGGAAGACACCAUAGUCGGUGGCAAGUAUAAGGUGACGAAGGAUAUGACUAUCCGUGUCAAUCUUCGAGGCAUACAUCACGAUGCACGGGUAUGGGGGCCUGACGCCGAGGAGUUCCGCCCAGAGCGGAUGCUAGAGGGCGGUUUCGAGAAGGCGCCACGAAAUGCGUGGAAGCCGUUCGGAAAUGGCGAACGGGCUUGCAUUGGGCGCUCCCUGGCAGAGCAAGAGAUGGUCAUGACCACCACAAUGAUCCUUCAAAGAUUCCAAGUCCACAUGGUCGAUCCCAGCUAUGAUCUCCAUCUCAAGAGUACCUUGACAGUCAAGCCAGCUGACUUCAAGAUCAAGGUCUCACGAAGACCGAACAAGGAUGCCCUCGUGGGUAUUCCCGGGUCUGUUCCGGCAUCCGCCAAGGAGGGUAUUCAGAAGAAACAGCCUGGAUACAGAUUUGGCGUCUCUGCCAGCAAGAAUCCGCUUUUAAUACUCUAUGGCUCGAAUGCCGGUACUUGCAAGUACAUGGCCGAGGAUCUUCAGACCAUGGCCAAGGAGCGAGGCUUGAAUCCCACGGUGGAAACUAUGGACGAAGCUACGGAGCACUUGCCAACAGACCAACCUGUCGCCAUAAUUUCCCCCUCAUACGAAGGAAAGCCAGCUGACAAUGCAAGAAAAUUCGUGGCAUGGGUUGAGUCGCUCAAGUCUGGAGCUUUGAACAACGUGAAGUUCUCCGUUUUUGGCGUUGGCAACAGUGACUGGGCCACUACCUUCCACAAAAUACCUAAAUUACUAGAUCAAAGCAUGCCGAAACUUGGAGCCAAGGCUUUUAUGCCGGCGGGGUUUGCGGAUGUAAAGGAAGACCUUGUAGGACCAUGGGAAGAUUGGCGAGACGAUCUUCUUUCAUCGAUUGGCGAUGAGAAACAUCCAGCUCAAGCCCCCGAGCUGGGCGUCAAGAUUGAGAAACCCUCGAUGGCAAACAAGCUUGCUGGCGCAGAGGUCUCCGAGGCCAUGGUGAAAUCAAAUGUAGAGAUCGCUUCUGCCGAAAUGGGAUCUGCAAAGCGACAUAUGGAGGUCGAGUUGCCGCAGGGGAUGUCCUAUGAGCCUGGAGACUAUAUCGUUGUUCUGCCCACAAACCCGCCAAACACGGUCAAGCGUGCUGUUCGUCGUUUCAACCUGAACUUGGACGACGUAAUUACUGUUUCGGGAACAAGCAAGGAGUUCUUGACGGGGAGUGGGCCGGCCACUGUUCUGGACAUACUUGCCUCACGUGUAGAGUUGGGCACCCCGGCUUCCAAGAGGCAAACCCAAAUGAUUGCCCAGUCCGCCAGCGAUGGGGAUAAGGACCGGCUCAUGGCAUUUGCAUCUUCAGACAGUAAUUUCAACGCCGAAGUCAUCUCGAAGCGCAAGUCGGUUCUUGACCUGCUCGAGGACUUUCCAAGCUCAAAGCUUUCGCUCGCGCAGUACCUUGACAUGCUCAAGCCAUUGGCCCCUCGACAGUAUUCCAUUUCCUCAUCCCCUCUCGCCUCUGAAUUCAAACAGACAGUCGGCAAUACUGAAGGCCAACUCAGCCCAGUCGUGGCCUCUAUCACCUACGAUGUGCACGAAGCGCCGUCGCGAAGCGGCAACAACCGCACUUUCUACGGCGUAGCGUCCACCUACCUCGCCUCACGUGGAUCGGGGUCCAAGAUCCGCUGCUUCGUGCGCCGCUCCAACACAGGUUUUCACCUACCUUCGGACCCCAGCACGCCGAUCAUCAUGAUCGCAGCUGGAACGGGACUGGCCCCGUUCCGCGGUUUUGUCCAGGAACGUGCUUGCGUCAUCGAACACAACCACGCUGAGAAGAAGCUCGCCCCAGCGUUGCUGUACUUUGGAUGUCGUGAUGCCGAUAAGGAUUUCCUAUACCGAAAAGAGCUGGAGGAGUGGGAAAAGCUCGGUGCUGUGAGCCUACGCCCGGUCUUCUCAAGACAUGGACCCCAGGGUUGCCACAAAUACGUGUACGAGCGCAUGUGGGACGAGCGGGAAGAGGCGCGCCGAUUAUUCUUAGAGGGCGGUAAGAUCUAUGUCUGUGGUUCUGCGCUCAAAUUGGCCAAGAGCGCUGCGGAUGUGAGCAUGCGGAUUUGGUUAGAGAAACAUCCAGGGAAGACAGAGAAGGAUGCCAGAGAUUGGCUGGAUGGAAUUCGGGAGGUGAGAUAUGUCAGUGAUGUGUUUGAUUAA